AUGUACAAUGGCAGAAUGGAUAACUGGAAUAAAAAUGAGACAUAUUGGUUUUCAGAUGUUGUUUCGUCUGCCACCUGUGGUCUUCGUAUCAUAGUUGCCAACAAAUGGAUCAACGAGAAUGUGUUUUCUGAAGGUCACCACCCUCGGCUUCUAGCAUCAUCACAACCACCAUCGCGCCCUUCUCCGUUCAACAUCGUCGCACCGCUGCUCUUCCUUCUUCGUCCACCUCUGAAUCCGUCGUAUCCUGAACUCCGGUUCAUUACAUUAGUUUCUAUGCAAAUAUGGACAAAAUCCUAUCAAGGGUUUUCUGCAUCCCAAUCCAGAGAUGCUAGCUUGGGAGAGGUGAUAGCAGAGCUUCAAACAUCGCACAAAACAGUGAUCCCAGAUUGA